ACAAGAAAAAAGAAAUAAAGAAACAAGAGCAACUAGGGCUUCUAUAACCUAGCUUGUUCUUUAUUUUUCAUUUUUUCUAUGAAGAUAACAACUUCAAGGAGAUCUUUACAGUUCUAUGAUCUAUCAAAUGAAAAGUCAUUAGACUUUGAUUAAAUAAAAUAUUUUUUUGACACAAUUUUCUGUUUGGUUUUGCUUAUCUUUUGAAUCAUACAACCGAAAAAUGAUAUCGCUAGAUUUCAUCGUACGCCUCAAGAACCAGGAGAAGAGAAGGAACAGAAGAUCUGAAAGGAACAUAAAGGCGAGUCUUCUCUCAGGGGAAUUGUCUGAUGGUAGGAGACGAGCCAGAGACCAAAACGCUGUACCGAGAGGGCAUCUUGCGGUCUAUGUGGGUGAUGGGAUGCAGAGGUUCGUGAUACCGACCAAGUAUCUUCAGUAUCCUGAGUUUAAAGUUUUGAUGGAUGAAGUAGCGGACGAGUUUGGUUAUGAACAUGAAGGAGGGAUUCAUAUCCCUUGUGAGGAAAGUGUUUUUGAAGAGAUUUUGAUUAGAUACAUGUCUUGUGACAAGAAGAAAUAAAGUGUACAUACUAUAUAAUAAUUAAUAAUAUGAUCAUCUUUUUAAUA